AUGGGUUCUUCGUCCUACAAUCUCGACGUGUUGCAAGCCCUUCCGCCCACUUCAGUUGUAUCAACGUCGGCAUGUGAAAGUUCCUGGUUCCGAGAAGCGUAUGCGGUAGGUGUAUACGAUUACGACUGUCGACUCCCAAAGCGCCCAGCCCCGAGCUCCAAAUUGGCAGUGAUUCUCGACGCAAAACGCGAUUGCACCAACAAACGAAAGAAUGCCAAGAGACUAUUAUUCCAGUCACUGAGACUCCAUUCCGGCACAACCGACACUGACGCCGACUAUCCACAUUUUUCGAUAUGCAUCUCGGAACAAUUCAGCCACUUCAUUCCACAUCCCGGUACCGAUGCUUCUGAGUGGGUAGAAAAGGGAUCCAAGCUAGAGAUAAGGAGGGCCAGGGAACUAGAGUGCAAAGAAGGGACCCAGAAAUCGCCCCAGUCGGAUCCCUUCAUCAGACGCCUCUCGACCCAUACCGAAGACUCAAUGAGAUGCUCCGCCGAAAGUAUCUCGUCCAAUUUCGACCACCUCUCGAGGUCUUCUCUGCUGGAUCAUGAACAUGGACUUGGCCCGUCUGGCCUAGAUCGCAUACGUCAACAGCCCUCGUCGCGAGUCUUCACUCUCCCGAACAUAUCGGUCUCGUCGCUUGCCCCGGUGGCAUCACGGAGCCAUUCGCCUUCCCCACGCUCUGCCUCCUCAUCCCGAGCCCAUCCCACCCGUCUCUUCGCCAGUGACGACAUCGAGACCUUGGAGGACCUCCACCGCUUCCCGUGCGAGUCGUUACAUUCGUUCUCAUUCGCCCAGAAGUCGGAGGAACUACUUCAUAACCGGCAUAACAUCUUGAAGAGGUCGAUCGAUUUCAUGCGCGACCGUUUCGGUUGGGCUGCCAGCAACAGCCCUGCUCUGGCCGCUGCUCAAGCACGCGCCAGCGGCGAUCCGGAUACCCUGAGUGUGGUGGACAUCUCAACGAGAACGAGUGUAUCAGCCAAGGAGGAUCGAUACCACUUUGCAGGCCUGGCGCGUGGACCACAAACCGGCCCUGCUAAUGUGGAUAGUGAUAAUAUCUUCGAGAGAGCUUUCACAGAACCCCAACUUGCGGCCACCAGAUUCGGAGAGGCAGCCACGGAAUAUGGCUCGAUGGGAAGUCACUCGCGCUUCUCAGGACAAGGGACGGAUGACCAGAAAUUGCAGCAGCAAGAGGAGAUGAGGUCGCAUCCUUCAUCCAGGCGCGUAAGCAUUAAAAAACGUACUAAUACCGAAGUCGGUUCUACUGCAAUCCGGGGCAAGCUGAUGGAGAUUCUAGCACCCUACACAACAACCGACCCUUUUUCUCCAACCAGCUCUUCCACCUUUGGAUACGGCUUCCCUGUGCCUGUACUACACACUCACAGCAGCAAGUGGACCCCAGCAUCGCAGGCCGUGUUUCGGACCGAAUCAGAGGAGCCCUGGACUAUCUUGGCGGCGAAUGAUAUCUCGUGUCUCAUUUUUGGUGUCACCCAAGCGGAACUCCGCAAGCUAAGCAUACUCGAGGUCGUACAAGAAGACCGCCGGGAAUGGAUCGAAUCCAAGCUGCGGGAUCCCAGCACCGACGCCGCAGCAAAGCUCAAAACUUCGCCUGAACGAUCGCGGUUCAAGCCUACACAUACCAAAACAAUGGGGAUGGGCAACGGCGUAACGGCACAACUGCUAAGCAAGCCACCUUCUCGAGCAAGGCCACCACGAAGAGCACAGACCGAUGACGGAUAUGGCUCCAGCACGAGACAAUUAAAUCACCCUCCGACCAAAUCUCGCGGAGUGCUUCUUUGCGGGGAUGUUGUGCCCAUAAAGAAACGUAAUGGCAAAACCGGGUCUGCGAGCAUCUGGGUGAUGGAGAAGCGUGGGGGCCUGAUCUGGGUCAUUGAAGAAAUCCAGGAGGAUGUCGUGACAGUCACUUGCAACGAGUCGUGGGAUAUUGUCAAGGUUGAGGGUGAUGUUGACAAGAUCUGGGGUCAGGGUACGGUCAAGCCUGGCGAGCGGAUUACGGAGCUUCUGCCUCGCCUUCCAGAGGACUGUCUGGCUGGCUCCAUGCGCACAGGCCUCACCAAAGUGGCCGAGACCAAAUACAUCGCUUCUCGCACCUCUGCUGGGAUAUGUAUUCCCACAAUCGUAACCAAGGGCGAAGGGACUAGGUCUUUUCGGAUUUCAAGCUUUCCUCAUGUGGCUGGCAUGAUGGUUCUAUCCUCGUCAACCUUAAAGAUCGUCAGCUCCAACUCUGUGUUCUCCGCCGCCCUUUUUGGCCAUGAGCGGCCCGAGGGCCUGCAUAUUACUGACUUGAUACCUGGUUUCGAUGACUUGUUGAAUGUGCUUGUUGAUGAGGAAAGAGUUCCCCUUGUUGACGGCAUUGUGAUUCCGGAAACCAGUUUUCGACGAGCACGGACCCUAUCCAUUCUCCGAGACGGCAAAGCAAACGUAGUCUCGGUUUUCUUGGAGCCUUCGGGGCUUGCGGCUACGCACCGUGAUGGAUCACCAAUCGCGGUUGAUGUCCAGCUGCGCGUGGCGAAGAGCGGUACCAUCUUCACCAAACCGCGAAAAGAACCUAUCGACGAAGUCAACGAGACAGACUCUGAGCACGACGCUCCAAUCGCGGUAACCGAGCUCGUCUAUGCGCUGUGGGUGACUUACUCGCGCCACAUUCACUCGGCAGCUCCGACAACUACCAUUCCUUCACCACUCGAGUCGGUGCCAUCCGGGGCUGAGAGUCCUUCGGCAGCCCUUGUGUCGGACACGCCCACACCAAUUUCUAGCCCACACCCUUAUAUAAACGAACAGACUUCGGUCGAGAGCCAAAUUUCCACGUCCACUCUGAGCCAGCAGCUGAGCGAAGCUGCUUCGCAACCAUUAACAGACAAACCUGUCCAGCCGGUGCCCGAAGUGAGACCGGCUAGCGCGAAAGAAACACCGAAAAAGCGAACAAUUGCUGAUUACACCAUUCUGGAAGAGAUGGGCCAAGGAGCCUACGGAGAAGUCAAACUCGCCCGCCUAAAGAAAAUCCCCACGAAGAAGGUAGUGCUGAAGUAUGUUACCAAGAAAAGGAUUCUUGUCGAUACAUGGACCCGGGACCGUCGUUUGGGGACAGUCCCAUUGGAGAUUCACGUUUUGGACUUUCUUCGGCGAGAUGGCUUGAAACACCCCAACAUCGUGGAAAUGGAAGGAUUCUUUGAAGAUGACGUUAACUACUACAUCGAAAUGACACCGCAUGGUCUUCCCGGCAUGGAUCUUUUUGAUUAUAUCGAGUUGAAGGUCAAUAUGGACGAGUCAGAGUGUCAGAACAUCUUCCGACAGGUGGUGUCCGCCAUUCACCAUCUACACACCAAGGCCCUGGUGGUUCACCGUGAUAUCAAGGAUGAGAAUGUCAUCUUGGAUGGUGAAGGGCGAAUCAAACUGAUCGACUUCGGAAGUGCUGCUUAUAUCAAAAACGGCCCGUUUGAUGUCUUUGUGGGCACAAUUGAUUACGCAGCACCUGAAGUCCUUCAGGGCAAAUCUUAUCGGGGCAAAGAGCAAGACAUCUGGGCUCUCGGCAUUCUUCUCUACACCAUCGUAUAUAAAGAAAACCCCUUUUACAACGUCGAUGAGAUUCUCGACCAUCCCCUUCGGGUCCCGUUCUUGCCCUUCUCCGAGGACUGCAUUGACCUGAUCAGGAGGAUGCUUGACCGAGAUGUCGACAACCGGUUGACUGUCAGUGAGGUCUUGGAGCACCCGUGGAUGGCGGACAACUAG